AUGGUAGGGUAUCCGUUUGACUCCAUUGAAUUUACCAAGACGCCUCCGGCGCCAACACCAGCUUCUGCAGGGGCGAAGUACGGAGUGCGGACGACCGAUUCACCCACAAUCGCCAAUGCGCCAUUGCCUGCCGAGGGCUCUUCCUCUAAGCACUUUUCGAAUACGAUGAUGAUGGGUUUGGUAUUUGGCAUUCCGUUUUACGUGAACUACAAGCUUGGAGGAGGGAAUUUUGCCUAUUUGUUCUGGACGACGGUAUUUGCUCUUCCUACCUUGAUGUCUUACUGGACGCUUGCAUCCAAGUAUAGCCCACGUCUAAACGAGAAGUGUAUGCUUCCAGGUAAGCCAAUUGAGCACUACUUGACGUUCCAUGACGAGGAUCUGGCCAAGAAGUACCACGGCAAAAAAAUACCUAUGGAGACGUUCCAUGAACUCUAUUUUGCGAACAAGGUUUCCUUCAACGGUGAUGCAUUGGAAAUUCUGGAAUACCGUCACGAUUGGGCCGAGUUUUCCUUCACUUUGUCUUUGUUCCGGUUCUUCUUGCUGGGCAUGAUCCCCGAGAUGAUCAUGCACACUAGAUCGCAGGAUGAAGAGCAGGUGAGAGGGCACUACGACCGUGGUGAUGAUUUUUACGCUUGGUUCCUGGGCCCUAGAAUGGUCUACACCAGUGGCGUGAUCUCUGACGCCGAUGUUGAGGAGUCUUUGGAGCAAUUACAGGAUAACAAGCUGAAGGUGGUCUGUGAAAAGUUGAACCUGCACCCAGGGGAACAUGUUCUCGACCUUGGUUGUGGCUGGGGAACCUUUGCCACUUAUGCUUCUAAGGUUUAUGGCGCCAAGGUUACUGGGAUUACUCUCGGCAAGAACCAAACUGCAUGGGGAAAUGGGAAAUUGAAACUGCAAGGUGUUCCUGAGACGCAGUCGCGGAUUGUCUGCUGCGACUACAGGGACACGCCGUUGGUUGAAGGCGGGAACAGGUACAACAAGAUCGUCUGUUUGGAGAUGGCUGAGCACGUUGGUGUCAGAAAGUUUGGCGCUUUCUUGCAGCAAGUAUACGACAUGCUAGACGAUGAGGGUAUUUUUUACUUGCAAUAUGCCGGAUUACGGAAGCCAUGGCAAUAUGAAGACUUGAUCUGGGGUCUUUUCAUGAACAAGUACAUCUUCCCCGGUGCAGACGCGUCGACGCCGCUGGACUUUGUGAUCUCUAAGUUGGAAGCGACUGGGUUUGAGACUGUUUCGGUUGACAAUAUCGGUGUUCACUAUUCUGCCACCAUCUGGAGAUGGUACAGAAACUGGAUCGGUAACAAGGACAAGGUCUUGGAAAAGUAUGGGAUCAGGUGGUUCCGCAUUUGGGAGUACUUCUUGAGCUACUCCACCAUUAUCUCGAGACAGGGUUCUGCCACCUGCUACCAGAUUGUACUAAGAAAAAAUAUUAACGCUCACCACCGUAUCGAAUACUUCGCGAAGCAGAAGGGCAUUCUAGGUCCAAUAGCGGAGGGCGUGGAAAACUGGUUCAAGUAA